UCUGACGAACGAUUUGCACGUCAGUAUCGCUACGAGCCUCCACCAGAGUUUCCCCUGGCUUCACCCUGCUCAGGCAUAGUUCACCAUCUUUCGGGUCCUAACGGAUAUGCUCAUACUCAAACCUUUCACCGAAGAUCAAGGUCGGUUGUUG